CGUGCGACCUCUCUCCGUCUCUCUCGUGCUCUCCAGGUUCGCUGGGUUUUGAAGCUUUUCUUCGAUCUAGUCUUUUCUGCGGCGAUCGUUUUUUUUGUUUUUGCAAUUCUUCGCUAUUUUUCAGCUUCAAUGGCGCCAACGACGCAGCACCUGAAAGAAGAGCGAACUCGGUAUUUUCUCGUGAUCUGUUCCUCCUCCGUAUUUAUUUGAUCGAGAUAAGUUUUCUGCAAGAUCUCCGGCCGCCGGAUUACGAGGGUUUUGAUUUGAUUUGAUUUGAUUGCAUCAACCGAAGCAUCGGAGGGAUGCCGUGCAUGGGGGCGGCGGACGAGGACGCGGCCGCGGCUGCGGCGGACAAGGACGAGGAGCUGUUCGUGGAGGUGGACCCGACGGGGAGGUACGGGCGGUACGCGGACCUGCUGGGGGCCGGCGCGGUGAAGAAGGUGUACCGGGCGUUCGACCAGGAGGAGGGGAUCGAGGUGGCGUGGAACCAAGUGCGUCUGCGGAGCUUCAGGGAGGACCGUCCGAUGAUGGACCGGCUCUUCGCGGAGGUGCGGCUCCUCCGUGAGCUCCGCCACGACAACAUCAUCGCUCUGUACCGGGUGUGGACGGACGCCGAGCGGAGCACCCUCAACUUCAUCACCGAGGUCUGCACCUCCGGCGACCUCCGCGAGUACCGGAAGCGCCACCGCCACGUCUCCCUCAAGGCCCUCAAGAAGUGGUCCCGCCAGAUCCUCAUCGGCCUCGACUACCUCCACAACCACGACCCCUGCAUCAUCCACCGCGACCUCAACUGCAGCAACGUCUUCAUCAACGGCAACACCGGCCAGGUGAAGAUAGGGGACUUGGGGCUGGCGGCGAUCGUAGGGAAGAGCCACGCGGCGCACUCGAUACUGGGGACGCCGGAGUUUAUGGCGCCGGAGCUCUACGAGGAGGAGUACACAGAGCUGGUGGACAUCUACUCGUUCGGGAUGUGCGUGCUGGAGAUGGUGACGCUGGAGAUCCCCUACAGCGAGUGUGACAGCAUCGCCAAGAUCUACCGCAAGGUCACGGCCGGGGUGCGCCCGGCGGCCUUGGGCAAGGUCCGCGACCCCGAGGUCUGGGCCUUCAUCGAGCGCUGCCUCGCCAAGCCCCGCGCCCGGCCCUCCGCCUCCGAGCUCCUCAAGGACCCUUUCUUCAGUGGCCUGGAUGAUGACGAAACCCCACCUCCUCCCAGCGUGGUCGCCGUCGAGCACUGCAACCCGCCGUCGGCGGACAUCUCCGGCAUCCGGCUGGUUUGAAGGGAAUGCAUGCGUUGGGGUCUGGCUUUGGCUUCUCUUCGUCUCUAUACAAGCGUGUUCGUGGCGCUUCACGUCGCAGCAACUCGCAAUAGUUGUAUUUUUUAUAUUUUCAAUUAAUUUGGUCUUCGUAUCCAUAUACAUACCAAACUCGUUGGGUUGGAAGGGUCGUAUUUUCAGGCUGUUAUUUUUAUUCUAUUUGAUUAUACUUCAAUUUUUUUCUCAUCUUCA